AUGAACGUAACUUUGCAAAAACUUUCUGUUUCCUUUUUAUCUCAUUCACCAUACUUCGCGUCAAUCAAAAAUUUCAAUGUUAGAGAUACACAUUUUAGUUUUCAAGCAAAACCAUUCUUCGUUUCCUCAAUUUCCAAAAAUUUUAAAGUUGAUAAAUCAUCUUUCCAGCAUUAUUUAACGGCUAUAUAUAAAUUGGAUAAAGACUCAGGUUUUCUUACUUGUUCAGACACAAGCUGCUCAAUUGAGAAUACUUUAUUUUCAUAUGCUUCUGGAGAACCUACCCAACUAAACGUUAAUUCAUUAUCUGUUGUUUCAUGUUCAUUCAACAACUAUCAAACUGGCAUUCUAUAUUCAAGUACUGCCAUAACUUCUUUAACAUAUAACAGAAACUGUAUUUACAAUUUAGGCAUUUUAUCAACAGCAACACAGAAAUCGGCAAUGAAUCUUCUUGGUCAGAAUUCAAUGACUAAUACAAUGAAUCAAAACGCACUUUAUACAGAAAACCCAUCAACAUCCGGUACACAUUUCUUUAACAUUAAAGGCUCCGUCGACUGUGAGUAUUUAAAUUAUACAGGGGCAAAGUCAUUUACCUUUAUUAGAGAUACUAAUAUUAAUUCAGGUGCAGAAUUUAAACUUUUACAUUGUCAAUUUUACUCAUGCUCAUUUAAUAAUUUUCUUCAAAUUUCUGGUCUUCAAGCAGCAACAGAUCUCAAAUUGCAAUCUGAUUUAUUUUAUUCUGUAAAAUUUAUACAGACAAUUGUUAUCAAUAAUCCAGAUGAGUCUAGUUCUCUUUCUGCAACAUUUGCUUCAUGCGGGUUUUUCCAAAUUUCUGCAUCUUCGGUUCUUACAAUAGUUGGAUCGCAAGGUUCUAAGACAGUAACAGGUGCCUAUAUAGAUCCAGCAUCAUCAGCUAUUAUAACUCUUUUACCUUCAGAAAUAGCAGGAAAUGCAUAUUCAUCUUAUAUUUCUUCCCAAGGAUUCACUUUACCACAAGAAGCUCAAUAUCUUACACAGUACUGUCAUAUCUCUGUUACACCAACUCCAACAAGAUCAAUUUCUCCAACUCCCUCCAACCCACCACCUUCUGUUCCACCGCAAACCCCAGAGGAAACUAUGCCACCAGAAUCUCCGACAGCAUCUCCAAUUACCCUUGAACCAGGAUUUACAAUUGGAGUUUCAGUGGCCAUUGCAAUCGGAUCUCUUGCCAUUGGUAUCAUCGUAUGGUUUGCUAUCCGUCCGUUUUGCUUCACUAGGAAAUAUCCUUAUUUACACUAUGACUUUUAA